AUGUUAUUCACUCGCUACGUCUCUAUUGCUUUCGCUGCUGCUCUUGUUUCUGCUGCUACUGAACCAAAAGCUACUCAAGGUCAAACCACUGCAGUUCCAACUGUUCCAGGUUCAGCUUCAAACUACCCAGAUGAAUCUACAUCAACUGAAACCCCAAAAGCUACUCAAGGUCAAACCACUGAAGAACCAACUGUUCCAGGUUCAGCUUCAAACUAUCCAGAUGAAUCCAAAACAUCUGAAACUCCAAAAGCUACUCAAGGUCAAACAACUGCUGUCCCAACUGUUCCAGGUUCAGCUUCAAACUACCCAGAUCAAACAAAAUCAGUUGGUCCAUCUGGUUAUUUCAACACUUCAAUUGCCACUCAAUCAAACAUUGAAACCACUUUAGUUACCAUCACUUCAUGCCACGAAGAUAAAUGUUCUGAAGUUCCAUCAACUGCUCAAGUUUCAAUUGCUACUACUACCAUUAGCGGUGUUGUUACUCAAUACACUACUUACUGCCCAUUAUCAACAACUGAUUCAUUUGCACCACCAGUUGCUUCUCCAUCAGGUUCAUCUACUGAUUCCUUUGCACCACCAGUUGCUUCACCAACAGCUUCAUCUACUGAUUCAUUUGCUCCUCCAGUUGCUGCUCCAACUUCAGGUGAACAUGUUCAAACCACUUUAGUCACUGUUACUUCAUGUAAAGAUAACAAAUGUACUGAAGUUCCAUCAACUGCUCAAGUCUCAGUUGCUACUUCAACUGUUAAUGGUGUUGAAACUUCAUACACAACUUAUUGUCCAAUCUCUUCAACUGAUUCAGUUGCUCCACCAGUUGCUUCUCCAACUUCAGGUUCAGCUGCUGCUUCUACUCAUGUCACCAAUGGUUCAACUGUUGUUAAACCAUCAGGUUCCACUGCUGCUCCAAAAGGUUCCACUGUUGCUCCAUCUGGUUCAACUCCAGCUUCAUCAGCUGCUCAACAAUCAAAAGCCCCAGGUUCUUCAGUUGCAGGUGUUUCCACUUAUGAAGGUUCUGCUGCUAAAGUUGUUGCUGGUUCAUUCUUUGGUGUCUUACCAUUUUUAUUCAUCUAA